GGGAUAGCAACAUGGCCGCCUCGGACUUCUCAGAUGUGCGAACUUGGUCGAGUUGAAGUUUCCGCGGCCUUUUUACCGACAUGUUUGGCAACCUGUUUGAAGACGACGAAGGGGGAGGUUUGGCCGAACCCCCGGGGCCCCCGGGAGCGCGGAAAUGUGCCCCCAAACCGCCCCCACCGUCCAGGGGAGGCACGGGUCUGUGCGGUAUCCGGAACCAGGGGGCGACUUGCUACCUGAACUCCCUGUUGCAGACGCUGUUGUUUACUCCGGAAUUUCGAGGUAAAACUUUAACAGUUUUUGUGAGGGUCAUCCCCAUCCAGCUGCAGAGACUGUUUGCCAAGCUGCUAUUGGUCGAUCAGGAGGCCUACAGCACCACUGAGCUCACGGACAGUUUUGGAUGGACCAAUAGCGAGGAGUUGCAGCAGCAUGAUGUUCAGGAGUUGAGCCGUAUCCUGUUCAGUGCUAUAGAGAGCUCGCUUGUGGGGACAUCAGGACAAGAACUCAUCGCCAACUUGUACCAUGGUACCUUGGUCAACCAGAUCAUCUGUGGUGUAUGUGGGAGGAUCAGCACACGUGAGGAAGAUUUCCAGGACCUGACGGUGGCUGUGGCAGGUUACCCCUCACUACAACAUGCCCUGACUGAUCAGUAUGUGGAGAUGGAGAGACUAGAAGGGAAGAACCAGUACAGAUGUGAGCAGUGCAAUAGGCUGGUCAAUGCGAGAAAGGGUGCCAGACUGAAGAAGCUGCCCCCCAUCCUGUCCUUCUCCCUGCUCAGGUUCAGCUAUGACUAUGUCAAGUGGGAGAGGUACAAGGAAACCGGCAAGUUCACCUUCCCUAAGGAACUGGACAUGGCUGUCUUCUGUCAAGAUGCAGAACAAGAAACAGACACGAUGUAUGAGCUGUUUUCAGUUGUUAUCCACAAGGGCAGUGCCCAUGGCGGUCACUACCACGCGUACAUCAGGGAUGUGGACGGACUGGGAGUCUGGAUUCCUCCAGAGGACCAGGAAGUGGCCAUACCUACAGACCCCAGCACAGGCAAGGUUGACUACAUCGAGGUCAGUAACCCCACCCAGCUGCUGAAGGCCAUCCUGCAACAGGUGGGGGAGGGGGGCACCACGGUGGACAAGCUCAGUCAGGCUCUGAUGGAACAAACCGGAGUGUCGUGGAACAAGCGCUUCAAGAAACAGUAUGGACCAAUCACAAGGUUCCUCAAGAAAUAUGACGACAUCUUCGAGCUGAACCCUGUAGUGAACUGGGUGUCACUCAAGGAGCCGUCCGCCCCUGCAGACAUGCCCGAUACAGCAGCAACAAACACGGAAACAGACGGCAUGUCUGGUGAAGACAAGAAAGGGGAAACAUUGUCCAGUCAGGAUUCCAGCUGCCAAGAACUGGAUGUGGGAGGAAAGUGCAAUUGUGGGGUAAAUGUGGGGACCGAAACCUCUGCAGUGAAGAAGCCUGCUAAAAGGUCUGAUCCCUCGGAUGUUGUGAACUGUUGGUUUGACUUUAACGACUCCCGAGUUCGCCCCAUCCCUGAGUCAGAGAUACAGACCCAGUACCAGGGCAAGGAGAGUGCCUACAUGCUGUUCUACAGGAGAAAAUCUCUCAACAGGCCACUGGAAGCCAAAGGCCUCCCAACCUAUGGUAUGCAAGCCUGGCAGUUGGCAGAAGUCAUUGAAGAAAAUUCCAGGCUUCAGAAGGAAAGGGAGGAGUAUGACACAGCAGUUAACACCAUCAGUGUAGACGUGCUGGUCUCUCACGAGUACAUGUACCAGGGCGGGGCUCUGCAGACACUCCCUGGUUGCCAUAGCAAUGUGAUGAGACUGACUCUGGACAGGAGGAAAAGUGUGGAAGAUCUGAAGGUGUCUAUACGAGAGAUGUUGGGAAGUCUGUGGGCUGGACCCAUGUGCCUUCACAUAGCCAAACAGCUACCAGCAGGUCUACAUCUAUACGACUGUGUGUCAGGGGAGGACAGUAAAAGAGUGUUGGACGUUGGCAUUGCUGAGGGAACCCAACUGUUUGUCUGGGAUGGACAUCAGGUUGGAGGACUUGCAGUGCCUUCAGGAGAGCGUUGGGAGCCCGUAGCCAUCAGCAUCAUACAUGGUACCGGCGCCGGUUGCCAUAGUAACACCAGCCGGGGGUUUGCGAAGUGUUCAGCGCUGGGAGAGUUGCGAGUCCUGGUGUCAGACCUGACCAACAUUCCUGUACAGGCCCUGGUGCUGACCAAACUGUCGGACAAGAGCGGUGAAACAGGAGAAAACCUUCCAUCAGUCGUACUGCACAAUUCUCAGGAUGGUUCCAGUUUACAAGUGCUGGGUUUCAGGGAUGGAGACAGACUGUUGGCUGAGACAAAGACCAGCAGAAGGAAGAGAGGAGGCAGCCCAGAAGAGCAGACCCAGGGACAGACUGAUGCUUCCCAAGUCACACUGUCUAUAGAGGAACACUGUAGUGGGAAUAAACUGGCUGCAGAUAUCACUGUAGAUACUCAAGAGACUAUAGGAACAGUGAAGGUGUUGGCUUUGUCACAGUUUGAGCUGGAUGAUCUUCAUGGAGGCUGCCAUCUCCGCAUAGUUAACAACCAGGGCACAGGACCUCCCUUAUAUGAAGACCAAACAGUGGAGAGUGUGAGUCUGAGAACAGAGGCGAGACUGAGACUCCAGCCUGGCAAAGCGCCAGCUUCGCACCAAAUGGUGUUGUACGUGAGUAUGCUCCCAUCUGUGGAUGAUGUGGCUGAUUUCGAGGUUCUCACUGACAAGAAGGCUACGAUCGGUGACUGUCUCCGCCAGACCUGCGCCCGUGCGGGCAUCCCUCCCGAGAAGUGGCACCUCCGCCGGACCAACUGGUGCGGGGAGGCGGAGGAUCCUCUAAACGACCUUGACAUCACUCUGGAAGCAGCAGGCUUGCACCAUGGUGACCUUGUAGUGUUACAGGAAGGGAGGAUCCCGCCCAAGGGGUUCGUCUGCAUCCCGGUCUACCUCUACCCAUCCCCGGAGCAAGGCAUGCUGGGAGGAGGGGACAGUGGCAUGCUGGGUUGGAUCACAGCUGGAGUCAACAGUCUCCUGCACGCAAAGCCUGAUGGGAGGGGGGGCGGCGACAGUGGAGUACUGUUUCUCGGCGACCUUGAAAUUUCCAGGGAGGCUUCACUGCUGGACCUGAAGACCCAGCUCCUGACCCGCCCCCAUAUGAAGGAUGCUCCUGUCCCCACCCCAGGGUUUCUCAGGGUCAGGACAGUGGAGGGGGGGCGGCCGGCAAGGGUGCUCAGGGGGGGCACACAGACUCUCAAGUAUCUUAAAAUCAACAGUGCCACCCAACUGUGUGUUCAGGUACUGCCACAGGAGGAGGAUCUCAACCAAAGUGUCCUUGUGCUAAACCUACGCCGGAGGAUACCAAACUCCCGCGAGUACACCCCUGAGGAAGAACUCCUGUGGGAUACCAGCAGAGGUGCCACGCCUUCUGUUCUCAAACAAGUCAUCGCCGAUCGUUUCGUACUUCCAGUGGAAAGAGUGUCUGUCGCCAAACACUUUCCAGAGAAAUUCCAGUGGCUCCCCAUACAAGUGCCCAAAAUGUCCGGAAAACCUACUAAAGGGAAGAAGAAAGGGGGAGGAGGAGGGGGUAAGGGUGGAGGGGGUGGUGGGGCAAACCUGAAGAAGCCUCCCUACAUGCUGAAGGAUGGGGAUACACUCGGAGUUAAGGAUCUACAGUUUGAUCCGUACAACAAGGAUGACUUCUCGACCCCCACAGAUGACGCUGGGAAGGAGGAGCUGCGCAGGGUGGAAGAAGAGAAGAAGCAGAAACGACAGCAGGGCAAAAACAGUAGCAGAGGCGGGAAGAAGGAGAGAAGACCAGAAGUGGGCAUCACCAUACAUGUGGAUGACUUCAGAUGAUGUUGAUGUCAUCUAGUCUGGGUGCCAUCCUCUGUACUUUCUGCCGGCUUCUUAUGUUGCUGGCCACCACGGAGUCUGGACUCCCUAUAACGUCUGCUUGAAUUAGCUCAUUACGUGAUAUCAUCACCAGACGUUAUAGAUAUCAGCAAGUCCACACUCUGUGGUGGCCAGUGGCAUUAGGAGACAGCGGAAGGCACACAGGCUAACUAGUCUUCUCAGCAGGCUCUACCACUAGGGCUCUAUAGGAGCUUAAUGGCUAACACCUCUAAGUCAGGAGAAUUGGAGACAUCUUUAUGCCAUGGAUUUAUGCAACUGUGCGAUUGUUGUCAGACUGAGUCUGUUACCAUGGUGUUGGAGGCUGUGAUGACUGGUUUCAAUCCUGAGCUUUUGCAUUUUUGUGGUGAUGAAGACUACUGUUGGUAGUUCUGAGAAUGGUUCUCUUGAGCCGGAGGUGUAAGGCCAAAAGCUCUGAGGGAGGAGGUCCAUGCAAUCAGCCUCUAGCAGCGAGAGGUUACAACUUUAGCACAUUCUGAAGAUUUGCAAUGACUACUGUGCAAUGUCACCAUAUACUAGUAGUUUGUUAUCAGCAAAGGUACAUCACACCCACAUACUGAAUGACAAACUUUAUUAUAAUUUACAUGUAU